ACUACAAGUGGUACUGGCGUUCCUUCGUCUCCAGUGGCUCAACUGCGCUCUUUGUGGUCCUAUACUCCAUUCACUACUACGUGACGAAGACGGACUACAAGGGUUUCGUCUCCGCUUUUCUCUACUUCUCCUACACCACCCUGGUGGCCAGUCUGCUGUUUCUUCUGCUAGGUGA